ACUGGACUAAUGAUAUUUUCUCAAACUCUGACACUGCACAAUUAACCCACGAUUUAUAUAAAGCUUUCUGAAUCACUACAUUUUACAACUGGAUUACUACUACUAACAAUAUCGCAUGUGAAUCCCAUCCUUUAUAUUCCAUUCUUUAUCACACUGUACUUGUAGAUACAUAUAUUCAGAAAGUAUAUAUUUUUGUGAAUAAAUGGGAGAAGAAGUUCCAAAAGCAAGACAAGAAAAUGAGGAGGCCAAGGACUCUGCAGUUGUGCCUGUUGAUACAGACACGGGGAAAGCUUCAAUUUUGCUCUCAUCUUCAGAUGCUUCUUGGUUUACCCCAAAAAGGUUACUGUUAAUAUUUUGUGUGAUUAACUUGAUAAAUUACGUGGAUCGGGGAGCAAUAGCCAGCAAUGGAGUGAAUGGGAAUAGAAGAACUUGCACGAAAAGUGGUACUUGUUCAUCUGGUAGUGGAAUUCAAGGUGAUUUUGACUUGACAAAUUUUGAGGAUGGUGUUAUAUCUUCUGCGUUCAUGGUUGGACUUCUAGUGGCAUCUCCUAUUUUUGCAUCCUUAGCACACAGGGUCAACCCAUUUAGGCUUAUUGGAGUUGGGUUGACAUUCUGGACAAUUGCUACUGCUGGAUGUGGUUUUUCUACUAAUUUCUGGUCCAUUGCAGUGUGCCGCAUGCUAGUUGGUGUUGGCGAGGCCUCUUUCAUUAGUCUUGCAGCUCCUUAUAUUGAUGAUAAUGCCCCAGUGUCUCAGAAAACAGCGUGGUUGGGAAUAUUCUACAUGUGUAUACCAUCUGGAGUGGCACUUGGAUAUGUGUAUGGAGGGUUGGUGGGCCAUCAUUUGACCUGGCAUUGGGCAUUCUGGGGGGAGGCAAUUUUAAUGCUUCCAUUCGCUGUUUUAGGUUUUGUGAUGAAACCAAUAAAGAUGAAAGGUUUUACUUGUGAAUCGAGAAAAGCGCUGAAAUCUACAGAGGUUGAAGCGACUGCAUGUGUUUCAGAUGGCUUAUCGUCUGUAAAGGAUAAUUUAGAUGAUCAAAGCUUAAGAAGACCUACAAGUUCCAAAUGCUUUGGUGUGAAUACUUUGCCAAGGUUUUCGAGAGACAUGAAAGUGCUUUUGCUUGAUAAGGUCUAUGUUGUGAAUGUUCUAGGUUACAUAGCAUACAAUUUUGUUAUUGGUGCAUACACAUAUUGGGGACCCAAGGCUGGUUAUAACAUCUAUCAUAUGAAAGAUGCUGAUACAAUAUUUGGAGGCAUCACAAUUGUUUGUGGUAUAGUAGGAACACUAGCUGGAGGCUUUAUUCUGGAUCUAAUGACUGCUACUAUUUCCAAUGCUUUUAAGCUUCUCUCAAUGGCAACAUUAUUUGGGGCAAUAUUUUGCUUUCUCGCCUUUUGUUUGAAGAACGUUUAUGGCUUUCUUGUUCUUUUUGCGAUAGGAGAACUGCUAGUUUUUGCCACUCAGGGCCCUGUAAAUUUUGUAUGUCUUCAUUGUGUUAAACCAAGUGUAAGACCAUUAUCUAUGGCUAUGGCUACCGUUUCAAUUCACAUAUUUGGUGAUGUUCCUUCUUCUCCACUUGUAGGUGUAGUGCAGGAUCGACUCAAGGACUGGAGAAAAACUGCUCUGAUCUUAACAUCUAUUUUCUUUCUGGCAUCUGCGAUAUGGUUCAUAGGGAUCUUCCUUGAGAGCGUGGACAGAUUUGAUGAAGAUAGCGAGCAUACCGACAUCACAAAUGAUAGGUUAAACACUACACCAUUGCUUGAUGAAAAGAUAACAGCUAUGGCCGAGCAAUAGAAUUACUAAAAUCUUGUUUUUAAUUGAUCGUCGCUGCACAAGACAAUUGUACAUGCUUUGCUCUGAUGCUAUUUUUUGUACAGAAAAGUUACCGUUGUCAAUAGGUUUGUUUUAGAUGUACAAAGCCCUGACCCGCGAAAAUCGCUGGGCACUUUUUUUUGACGUUUAAUCUUAGCAGGUUUUCCGGUUGAUUGA